GAAUUGUACAGUAAUUGCCACCGCACUUGAGCUCGAUUUAAAAAAAUCGUAGCCUUCCCUGACAUCUUUCUUUGUGCAAUUUCUGUCAGGUCCCAUGAAAAAUCCCGUUAUUUUGCUUUUGUAAUUCAUCUAACAAAGGCUUUUACUUGUUCCGACGGUUGACCGCAGUUAGUGGAACACGCGUUACUAACGCUGAUCCAUUCAGUGACAUUGUGUGAAGAUUUAUUUUGGUAUUUUAAUUUAUCGAUUUUGGCCUUCCUCUCAAAAGAUAGUGUUUAUUUAUUAGUGAGCUCGAGUAAUUGCUGCCCAAGCAACAAUUUUUUGUGCCACAGUCCUAUUCAAGAGAGAGCCGUGUCUUGGGGGAGAAGCACCCCGGGCACUACGGUGGCCCCAGAUACACCGGCACCAGCACCCCAGCCGCCGGGGGUGCUGGACAUGACGGCCACGGACAACAUCCGCUUCAGCGGCCACACGCUCGACAAGGCCACCAAGGCCAAGGUCACCUUAGAAAAUUUCUAUACUAAUCUCAUAACUCAACAUUAUGAGAGGAAACAGAGGCUCGAGAAGCUGGAGGAGUCACUCAAAGAUGAAAACUUGACAGAGAGCCAAAAACAAGAGAAAAGACAGCAACAUGCUCAAAAAGAAACCGAGUUUUUGAGGCUCAAGCGAUCGAGGCUCGGCGUAGAGGAUUUUGAACCGCUCAAAGUCAUCGGGCGAGGCGCGUUCGGCGAGGUCCGCCUCGUUCAAAAGAAAGAUACCGGUCAUGUUUACGCUAUGAAAAUACUCAGAAAAGCUGAUAUGCUUGAAAAAGAACAAGUGGCCCACGUGCGGGCCGAGCGUGACAUCCUAGUAGAAGCGGACCACCAGUGGGUAGUGAAGAUGUACUAUAGUUUUCAAGAUCCCAUGAACUUAUACCUCAUCAUGGAAUUCCUGCCAGGCGGCGACAUGAUGACCCUACUCAUGAAAAAAGACACCCUUAGCGAAGAAUGUGCGCAGUUUUAUGUCGCUGAGACGGCGCUAGCGAUCGACAGUAUACAUAAGCUCGGUUUCAUACACAGAGACAUAAAGCCGGAUAACCUUCUGCUGGACGCGCGCGGGCACAUCAAACUCAGCGACUUCGGGCUGUGCACGGGCCUCAAGAAGAGCCACCGCACUGACUUCUACCGCGACCUGUCGCGCGCCACGCCCUCAGACUUCAACUUUUUUUCAGUUUCAACAUCGUCGUCGGCGAUGGACUCAAAGCGGCGCGCGGAGUCUUGGAAGCGCAACCGGCGGGCGCUGGCAUACUCCACCGUGGGCACGCCCGACUACAUCGCGCCCGAGGUGUUCCUGCAGACCGGCUACGGCCCGCAGGCCGACUGGUGGAGCCUCGGCGUCAUCAUGUACGAGAUGCUGAUCGGGUACCCGCCUUUCUGCUCCGAGUCCCCGCAGGACACGUACCGCAAGGUGAUGUCGUGGCGCGAGUCGCUCACAUUCCCGCCCGAGAUACCCAUCAGCGAGGAGGCAAGGGAAACCAUUCUGCGCUUCUGCUCCGAACCGGACCGCAGGCUGGGUUCCGGGCGCGGCAUCGAGGACGUGAAGUCGGUGCCGUUCUUCCGCGGCGUGGACUGGAGCCACGUGCGCGAGCGCCCCGCCGCCAUCUCCGUCGAGGUGCGCUCCAUCGACGACACCUCCAACUUCGACGACUUCCCCGACGUGAAGCUCGAAAUACCGGCAGCGCCAAUCACGCAAGACGGUGAGGUGGCGUACAAAGACUGGGUAUUCAUUAACUACACGUUCAAGCGGUUCGAGGGGCUCACCCAGCGCGGCACGCCCACCAAGAAGUGAGCGCCGACACCCCCCACACCCAACGGCUCCAGGCGGGCCGCCCUGCCCCUCCCCGCUAAUCGCGCCGAUGUUAACACUGACGUCACCAUCACCCUAAAUGACCUGGAUUUACCUAUAACUAGAGUGCUCUCUGUUUUAGUCUGUAACUCUUCUUAUUUUCACACACAUUACGACUAUUUAUUUCCAUACAACGAUUUGUUAGCUGUCGAUUCAUAAAAGCGAUUAAAAUGAAGUUCACAACACAUUUACACAUUCUUUUUACAAUAUGGAAAUGUUGCUGUUCCAAACCAAAAUAUUGUAACCCCGUCCAAGAGGAGAAAAUGUAUCCAUCAUAUAUUAUUGGUGUUCCAUGGCUAUCAUACCGGCGUGUAUGAAAGUAGUAAAACUGAAAUUAUAAAAGUAAAUCUUACUAUUUUUUCCGGCAAAUGGGUCUAGUGUAAAGAGUAACGUUCGUCGCAUUUCUUCUGGUUUAAUGAAUUGUACGAUUUAAAGGUUCCCGAUGUUUCCUAUUUCACCUGUAAUAGUUAAUUAUUUGUUUUACAAGGGGGCAAGGUUGUUGUUUGACCGCUCGUGAUAACAUUGAUACCCGAGCAAGCGAAAGAUUACAAAAUUGAACCACUAGCGUAGCUAGUGGUUCGAAAAAUUGAAUCUUGAGCGUUGCGAGGGUUUCAAAGCACGAGGGUUAAACAAAAUUUGCCCCCGAGUGAAACACAAAAUUUUGCACCACACCAACCCGACCAAACCAAAAGCAAAUAUUAAAUGUAAAAUAUCAAACAAAAACAAACCAAAUCAAAUCCAAAUGAAUGUUAUUAUAUAUUAAUCAUCCAAAAUCAUCAUUCAAAAGUCAAUUCUACCAGCAAACAUAAGAAAACAACUCAAAAUUUGCAUUUGAUUACUUUGCCUGACAUGUGAAUAAAAUGCAACUUUGUUAUCAGUUCUUGAAGUGCAACGUAAGCCUUUCCAAGCUGGUGUGGGAAAAUUAAAUUAUUUAUUUACUGCUACACUGUAUUGUAGCUUGAUAGACUGGGUAAGGAGAAAAUCCUAAGAAUUAUGACACUCAGUCUAUGGUCACUUCAUAUAUAAAUUUCAUAGAAAUCUGUUCGGUAUUUAAAUCUUGAAAAGGUAACUGACAGACAUGCAGAGUUGCUUUCGCAUUUAUAAUAAUAGCAUGGAUGCUUAUAAUUUUCGAAAUGGCACUAUAAUUAUUGUUUGAUUGUAUUUGAAUAAGUUGUAUUGUUUUAUUGCGCUAUAGUCACGCCACAGAUAUUGUAUAUGACGACUGGUUGCACCCAACACGAGACCGAACAUUGCAGAAAACUAGCACAGUUAAGUCAAGUAUGGAAGAGAAUCAUUGUCCGAUCGAUCACUUAUUUAUUAGUUGCGUAUAAUGACGAACAUCUGUAAAAAAAUCUUUGAGUAGUUAACACGUUUCAAGUACAGAAUACUUAAAAUAAAUCUAUUUUUAACGAACA